UCUCGAAUGAUGACAUUCAUAUUUAUCAUUUAUAUUGAUACUGUAGUUAAUACAAAUUGCAAUCAUUAACUCAAACAUUGGGUGGUUGUGAUUUCUGUGUUUCCAUAUGGUUACAGAUUGGCCUCACCAGUGAGCCUUGCAAUGUGGCUAAUGGUGGUUCUGAUCUCUUUCUCAUCUUAGAACUCAUGGAGGAGUUGCCUGGAGCCAGGGGAGAGGUAGUCCGUCGUUUUUUCUUCAACUUAAACUCUAUACCGAGGGAGGAGCUCAUCACCUCGGCAGAACUGAGGAUCUACCGCCAGCAGGAGCAAAAAGCCUGUGCUAAUGCCAGCAGUGGUUAUCAUCGCAUCAAUGUGUAUGAGAUUCUCAAAGCAACGGGGUCCUCAUCCAGUGAUCCCAUUACCCGGUUGCUGGACACAAAGGUCGUGCAUCACAAUGUGAGCAAAUGGGAGAGCUUUGACGUCAGCCCUUCUGUUAUGAGAUGGACUGCGCAGGGCCAGCCCAACCAUGGGUUUAUGGUGGAAGUCGUUAACUUGGACAAGGAGUGCAGACAUUCAAAGCGACAUGUCAGGAUCAGUCGGUCUUUGCAUCAAGAUGAAGAAAGCUGGCCUCAAAUGAGGCCUUUAUUGGUGACGUUUAGUCACAAUGGCAAAGGGCACACUCUUGAGAAAAGAGUGAGGCGUCAGGUCAAACACAAGCCGAAGAAGAGGUCCAAGUCCAGCUGCAAACGACAUCCUUUAUAUGUGGAUUUCAGUGACGUGGGGUGGAAUGACUGGAUAGUGGCACCUCCGGGAUAUCAUGCCUUUUACUGCCAAGGAGAGUGCCCUUUUCCAUUGGCAGAUCACUUAAACUCAACAAACCAUGCCAUUGUGCAGACAUUGGUGAACUCAGUCAAUGCAAACAUUCCCAGGGCAUGUUGCGUCCCCACAGACCUCAGUCCCAUUUCGAUGCUUUAUCUUGAUGAAUACGACAAAGUUGUAUUAAAGAACUACCAAGAUAUGGUUGUGGAGGGUUGUGGAUGUCGUUAAAGCAGAAAUUUAUCAAAAAAAACUUGACACUUUACUAUUUCCCAAUGAAGACACUAUUUAUAUUAAAAAAAAAUUAACAAAAUAGAAGCAUCUAUUUUGAAAAUAUAUUUAUGGUUACUUAAAAAGAAAUUGGGAAAAUAAAUAUUUUAAUCAGAGAAUUGUUCCUUUUAAAUGAUGUUUAAUUGUAUUUCAGAUGUACAUGUUUAUAUGGGUUUAACCCCCAACACAUGAAGUAUAAUGGUCGAAUUCCUAUUUUGUAUUUAUUGCAAUUGUAACCACUUUUUAGAAAAUAGCUAAUUUGUAUUUAUAUGUAAUCAAAGAUAAAUAUAGGGUUUGUACAUAAAUUGCCAAUCCA